GCGUGAAAAAUCUUUGGCAACGCUUACAAACAAGUAUCAACUCAACAGUAUUUUCAGUCUUAUUUUAUUGAAAAACACGUGAAAAAAGAAACAAUUUUAAUGUUGUCAUAAAUGGAGAGGAAGAAUACCGAGAGAGCCAUAAACUGAGAUUAAGAAAAUAAUAAUUUAAACUUGGGCUUCAAAGUAAUUGAAAUGCAACAGCCAUUUACGAACUCUGAGGCAGUUAAAAGAUGUCUGACUAUACCUGAUCAUCCUAUUCCUGGUGUACCUAGCUAUGCACCCAAACCCCCAUUUGGAACAAGCAAAAAUGUCAGGAGCCGACCAUAUUCAGCCCCCUCAAGAAGAGUUACAGCAGGAAAUUAUGGAGAGCCAUGGAGGUCACCAACAUACAAACAACCUCACAUCCCAAUACCUCAGCACUACAUGACAAGGCUAGCAGAAAAUGCUGCACCUAAUGCACCAUAUGCAGAAAGAAGAAAUUACUCGUACAUGAAUUCUACCUUAUUUAACAACACCCCAUCAGACAGUCGCUGUACUAUCCCUCUUCCAUCUUAUGAUCCCAUGAAUGAUCCACAUCUGCUGGAUUACUUUGAAAGAAGAUUUGUUAGCGUUCAGAGAACAGCAUCGAGAAAUAUGUGGAACAGACCAUCAAGUGCCUCACCUAGUUUACGAACGAGGAGAAUUAAAGGACAGGAUGACGGAGGGGAUAAAUCUGUUCUGUAUAAAGUUGCUGUGACAACAGGAGAUAAAAAGGGAUGUGGGACUGACUCAAAGGUGUUUAUAACAUUGAAAGGAACUAAAGGAAAAGUAAAGAAACACAGAUUAACCAAGAAAGCUGGUUCUGUCAAAUCUAAUAAAGAUGUAGCUUACAGAUUUGCUAAAGGAAGUACUCAUAUCUUUAAAGUUAGAGGACCAGAAAUUGGAGAUUUAAAGUCCAUUAAUAUUGAGACGAAUGCCAAAACGAAAGAGGAAGCUUGGUUUCUACAAGAAUUAGAAAUAGAACAUGUGAAGAAAAAGAAGAGAUGGGUGUUUAUUGUAAAUAAAUGGUUUUCAUUAUUCCACUCGGACCAGCAACUUUCCAGGGAACUCUAUCCUAUGAUUUCUUCUAAUACUACCUAUGAAAUACUCGUUGUGACUGGGGACAAAGCAGGAGCAGGAACAAAUGCCAAUUGUUUUAUAACUAUUUAUGGAAAAUCAGGAAUCACACAGAAAAUCUCAUUGAAAAAAGGAGGAAAAAGUGAAUUCAAACAAAACAGUAGUACAAUUUUCAAAGUUAAAUCAAAUUGUGUCGGACCUAUGAGGAAGAUACGUCUUGAACAUGAUAAUAUUGGCAUUAUGCCAGGAUGGUAUGUGGAAAGGGUUGUUGUAACAGAUGUAAAGAAUCCUCACUGGAGAUAUUUUUUCCCAUGUGGUCUCUGGUUGUCAAGAACAGAAGGGGACGGCAAAAUCAGUCGAGAUUUAGUCGGUAGUAAAGACGAAUUUGCACUUCGCAAGGAUUAUAAAUACAAUGUUACACUAUUUACUGGUGACAAGCCAGGAGCCGGCACAGAUGCUAAUGUCUGUGUUACAUUGUUUGGAGAAAUGGGAGACUCUGGAGAAAAUUUUCUGAAGAAAGCCUUCAAAAGAAAUAGUAAAAAUGAAUUUGUGUUGAAGACUCCAUGUUUAGGAAGAAUAGAAAGACUCCGUAUAGGACAUGAUAAUACUGGAUUUAAGGCAGGAUGGUAUUUAGAAAAGGUGAUAGUAGACGAUUGUCAGAACAAUAUUGUGUAUGAGUUUCCCUGUAACCGUUGGUUUGCCACAGAUGAGGAUGACGGACAAAUAUCACGUGAUCUGUUGGUGGGAAAAGGAGCAACCACUUCGGCCCCAGGUAUUCCUUAUAGAAUUACUGUGUCCACUGGUGAUGAGAGAAACGCAGGAACAGAUGCUCGUGUGUUCAUAAUAUUGCAUGCUGGGAAAGAAAGCAAGGAGAAAAACAGUGGUAAAAUAUGGCUAGAUGGUGGCAGCUUUGAGAGGAACAAGACGGAUAUAUUUGAUAUUGAUGUGGCUACAUUGUUAAGUCCGCUGACAAAAAUAGAAAUCGGCCAUGACAAUAAGGGCGUAGCUGCUGGUUGGUUUGUGGACAGAAUUAUUGUGUUAUGUUAUGCUACAGGAUUAGAACAAGUGUUUCUGUGUAACAAGUGGCUGGCUACCGAUCAGGAAGAUGGGUUGAUACAGAGAACACUGUUUGAACAGAAAGCUGUACGGAAACAGCGAGAGAAAAAAAUGCCAUGGAAUAUUUGGAUUUACACCAGUGACAUGAAAAUGGCUGGAACAGAUGCAAAUGUGUACGUCUGUGUAUAUGGUGAAAAAGGAAAAUCUGAUGAAAUGUUAUUGGAAAACAAAACAGAUAACUUUGAGCAAGGGAAAGUUGAUUACUUUAAAAGGAAUGUUAUAGACAUUGGAAAACCAUACAAGAUCAGAGUCUGGCAUGAUAAAUCUGGCAUGUUUUCUGGAUGGCAUUUGGAUAAGGUUGAGAUGGAAGAGAUGCUUACAAAAGAGCGUUAUAAUUACAAUUGUGGUCGUUGGUUGGCAGAUGACGAGGAUGACCAUGAGGUUGUGAGAGAAUGUCCAGCUACAGGACCAAACAUAGAUAAACCACUUCCAUUGGUGUUUUAUAUGGUUGAGAUUUACACUGGCAGUGUGAAAUAUGCUGGAACUGAUGCCAAUGUCUUCAUCAAUAUAUUUGGUGAACUUGGUGAUACUGGACAAAGAUGGCUACAUAAUCCAGUGUCUACUAAUAUCAAUAAGUUUGAAAAAGGACAGCCAUCAGAGAAGGUUGGAGCAUGUUUUGAAACAUCCAGUAAAGAUGUAUUUAAAGUUGAGGCAGUGACUUUGAUGGGCCUUAAGAAGAUUGUGAUUGGUCACGAUGCCAAGAACCCUGGAUCUGGUUGGUUCUUAGAUAAGGUCAUUGUCAAGCAAGAUGGCAAUAGUAAAUAUGACACAACAUUUACAUGUGAAAGAUGGUUAGAUGCUGAUGAAGAUGAUGGUCAAAUUGUCAGAGAAAUAACAGCAACUGGUGUCCAGUUGUUAAGUACAACGACCUACAAUGUGUAUGUAAAGACAGGAGAUGAGAGUGGAGCAGGAACUGACGCUAACGUCCAUAUCAAAAUAUUUGGGUCUAAAAAUGACACAGGAGAGCUUAAACUACGCACAACUGAAAAUACUAGUAAUAAGUUUGAGAAGGGAAGAACUGACCACUUUAAACUGGAGGCCUCAGAUAUUGGCAAGAUCAAGAAAAUCAGGAUUGGACAUGAUGAUUCUAAACCUUUUGCAAGCUGGUUACUGGAUGAAGUAAGAAUAGAUAUCCCAUCAAGAGGUGAACAGUACGUGUUUGCUUGUCAUAGGUGGCUUGGGAAAGACAGUGAAGAUAAUUUAUCAGAAAUAGAGAUAGAACCUUCAUUCAAAGAGGACAGAGAAAAAAGAAUACCAUAUGAGGUUACAAUCUGGACAACAGACAAACGUGGUGCAGGAACUGAUGCUAAUGUUUUCCUUCAACUGUAUGGUGUGGAUGGAAAGACAGAAAAAACACAAUUACGCAACAGAAGUGAUAACUUUGAAAGGGGACAGAAAGAUAUAUUCAAGAUUGAAGCAUUAGAUGUUGGUCAGAUAUCAAAGAUAAGAAUUGGACACGAUGCCAAGAAAUUAGCAUCUGGUUGGCAUUUAAAUAAGGUGCUUAUAAGAAGAAGACCAAGAGCUGGAACAAAGAAAAGACAAAAGAAGAAAGGUCCAACAGAACAGGAAAGACGGAAAGAAAUUCUAGCUGAAGUUCAUGAUGAUUCAGACUCAGAUUCAAGCUCCUCAAGUACUCCGCGCAGACGCAGAAGUACAUCACGAAAAAGUAGAAAACCGAACUUGAAAAAGAUUGAAGAAGAGGAUGUUGUUGAUGUUUAUGACGGAGAAGAAACGGAAGAUUAUUGGUUCUUUGUCGACAGAUGGUUUGAUUCAUCUGAAGAUGACAAAGCUAUCGAGAGAGAAUUAUUACCAUCUGAUGAGCAGGGAAAAGCACUUCAUGGAUUAGAGGAGGUGGAAUACACGGUUAAAGUUUACACUGGUAAAACAAGUGGAGCUGGAACUGAUGCUAAUGUCUUUAUCAACUUGUACGGUGAAAAACAUGAUUCUGGAGAAAGACCUCUCAAAGAUUCUGCUGACAACAUGAACAAGUUUGAAACAGGAAAACUUGAUACCUUUAAUCUAAAGGCCAUUGACUUAGGAAAACUUGUCAAACUAAAAGUUCGUCAUGACAACAAAGGCAUUGGAGCAGCCUGGUACCUAGAUAAGAUUGAAGUGGUGGAUAACAGGAGAAAAAAAACGUAUUACUUCCUGUGCCAGAAGUGGUUGGCUGUUGGUAAAGACGAUGGUCAGAUUUCAAGGGAGUUAAUUCCUGUUGACAAAUCUGUCCUAGAGAAAUCAGUAGGAAAGAAAGAUGGUGCUAGACAAGAUGUAGCAUUAGAAAUUAAAGCUGCCAUGACAACAUACUACACCAAGGUAGUGACAGGAACUGUAUCUGGUGCCGGGACCGAUGCUAAUGUUUACAUGGUACUGUAUGGAGAUCAGGACCAUACAGAUAAAAUGUUUUUGAAGUCGUCCAUGACGUAUAAAAAUAAGUUUGAAUCAGGUCACACUGAUGAGUUUAUACUGGAGGCUGUUAACAUUGGUAAACUACAGAAGAUCAAAAUUGGCCAUGACAAUUCCGGUUUACUUGGUGCUGCGUGGUUCCUAGAUAAAGUUAUCAUAGAUGCCCCAUCUCUGGGCUGUAGCUGGACGUUCCCUUGUAGCAAAUGGCUGGCAGACAAUAAGGACGAUUGUCAGUUAGAGAGAGAACUAUUCCCACAGGAAUUAGAAACAGUCGAAUAUAAUCCUUGUGUUCCAUAUGAGAUCAAAACGUAUACAGCAGAUGAACGAGGAGCUGGUACCUCAGCCAAUGUUUAUAUAUGUCUGUAUGGAAAGGAGGUCAUCACAGAGGAGAAACCAUUGUGUUCUAAACGAGAAAGAGAUGGCAAAUUCAAGAGAGGAAAAAUGGAUCUCUUUACAGUGGAGAUGGAGGAUGUUGGAGAUUCAAUAGAGAAGUUACGUAUCUGGCAUGACAAUGAAGGCAUGACUGCAGGCUGGAAAUUAGAUAAAAUAGAAGUCAGAAAACUUCAUGAUUCAAACAAGUUAGAUGCAAAGUUCCAGAGGAAACCGAGUGUGGAUGGAUCUGACACCUAUGUCUUUCAAUGUGGUCGAUGGUUGGCUAGAGACGAAGAUGACUACAGUACCUCAAGGGAGUUGAUUCCUGAUCAGAAAUUACAAGAGAUUAUGACAUCAUCAGGACAGUCAAAGGUCAAAGAAGUCAAACUCAGGGAUAAACUCAAAAAGAAGAAUUAUGAAGUAAGCGUUUUUACUGGAGAUGAGAGCAGUGCUGGUACAGACGCUAAUGUCUUCCUCAAUAUUGUCGGUGAAAAUGGGGACGCUGGAGAGAGAAAACUUGUCAAAUCUGAGACUCACAUGGACAAGUUUGAGAGAAAUCAUUGUGAUGUAUUCAAAAUUGAAGCUGUUGAUCUUGGAAAAUUAUACAAGGUCAAGGUUCGCCAUGACAAUUCAAGCUUCUUCAAAUCAGCGUGGUACUUAGGAAAGAUAGAAAUAAAAGAUCCUGCCAAUAAUGAGGUAUAUGUGUUCUACUGUGAGAGAUGGCUGGCAAAGAAUAAAGAUGAUGGCAAGAUUGAAAGGUCACUUUAUGUCAAGGGUUACACUGGUGAAAUGGGUUCCAGUACAGGGUCUAUCAACACCAUGAAGUAUGGUUCCAGUUUGAGUCUGGACUCCAUGAAGAGUUCCAAGAGUCCCCGGAUGAGUAGAAAACAGAUGUCAAUGGCUUCCAGUAUAGUGGGAAUACCUGAGGGAGAACAACCUGUGAGUUAUAAGAUUAGUGUUUCCACGGGUGAUGGAGAUGACAAUGGUACCGUCAGCAAUGUCUACGUAGAUAUCUGUGGACCUAAAAAUAAACAUACUGGUAAACUGUUCCUGGACAAGGAGAAGUUUGAACCAGGCUGCACUGAUUCUAUCACUGUGGACGCAUUAGAUGUGGAAGAUGUCAGAAAAAUAAAGGUUGGUCAUGAUGGAACAGCCCCUGGUACAGGAUGGUUUGUUAAAUCAGUGGUAAUAGAUAUACCUUCUAAAGGCAAACAUUACCUGUUUAACUGUGGAACCUGGUUAGCUAGAGACAAGAGUGAUGGCAAGACAGAGAGAACAUUUACUCUGGACGACGGAGUCAGUACUGUUACCUCAUAUAAGCCAAUGAUACCUUAUGAAUGUACAGUGAUAACUGGUGAUCGUGAGAAAGCUGGUACCGACAUGCAGAUCACAUUAACUUUAUUUGGUACCAGUGGAACUUCCUCUCCCAUAAUUCUUGAUAAGACUGGGAACAGAUUUGAGAGAGGCAGUGAGGAUUUAAUCAAGCUUGAUAUAGAAGAUGUUGGUCCAUUGAAGAAACUGAGAGUAGAGACAAGCGGUAAAGGAAGUAGAGCUUCCUGGUACUUAGAAAAGAUUGCAUUGUUUAACAUGAAAACUGGAGAAAAGACUAAUUUUAUUCAUGAUGAUUGGCUGAGUAAAGAGAAAGGUUAUUCUAAAGACCUUCCUGCUAAGAUAAAAGGAAAAGAGGCUCUAGACAAAACCUCCUAUAAGAUAAGUGUUAAGACCUCCAAUGUGCGAGGGGCAGGAACAGACGCCAAUGUUUAUGUUAUUUUGUUUGGUGCCAAUGGUGAUACUGGUCAGUUACAUCUGGACAAAUCAGAGACAUUCAAAGAUCCCUUUGAGAAUGACCAGGUUGAUGUGUUCACAUUUAAAGACAUGCUGAGUGUUGGAGAAAUGUCAAAGUGCAGAGUUUGGCAUGAUAAUAAAGGACUUGGUGCAGCCUGGCAUUUAGCCAAUAUAGAGGUAGAAGAUCUGAAGACAAAGAAGGUAUAUAAAUUUCACUGUGAUAAAUGGCUGUCGACCAAGGAAGAUGAUAAACAGAUUGUAAGGGAGCUAACUUGUGGUACAUCAUCAACACCACGAUCUCCAGGAAAUAAAGAGGUCAUCAAUUAUGAAUUAGAAGUGGAGACCUCUGGUGUUGACGAGGCUGGAACAAUGCAUCAUGGAUGGAUUGUUAUUGAUGGUGAAAAAGGAACAAAGAAAUACAAAAUGCACAAUAGCAAAGUUGACAAAAAAUUACGCAGAGGUACCACCAAUACAUUUACCUUUACCUGUAAACCCCUGGGUAAACUGAGGUCUGUAACAGUGGGUGCCUGUGAGAGAGAGGACAUACCAGUAGGUAAUGCCAAUGGAAAGGAGGCUCAGUGGCUGUGUAAGAACUUAAGCAUCACUGAUACCAUCUCUGGAGACAAGUAUGUUUUCUCAGUAAACGCAUGGUUACCAAUAUCUGAAGAGGCCUAUGACCUUGCAGAUGGAAAGAAAGUCAAGGUCAAGGCAGUAGAGAAAGGUCACAUAGCUGUUGUUAGAAACUUGGCUGCCAUUAAGUAUGAAGUUAUAGUGUACACUGGUGAUGUGUCUGGAGCAGGAACUAAUGCUAAUGUCUUUAUAACAUUGUUUGGAGAACACGGAGAUAGUGGCAAACGUCCUCUUAAACAAAGCUUCCGUAAUCUGUUUGAGAAAAACCAGGUGGAUAAAUUCACAUUGGAAUGUCUAGAUUUAGGUGAGUUAAUAAAAGUGCGAGUUGAGCAUGACAAUUCUGGUUUCCGCCCUGGCUGGUUCCUUGAGAAGGUAGAAGUAGUAAACCAGGGCACCAGUGCUACGUCUGAAUUCCAAUGUCAUCGAUGGUUUGAUAAAGACAAAGAUGAUGGACAAAUUGUUAGAGAUAUUUUAGUGGCUAGCUGAUAGAUUUAUUUACAACUAUUUUUUUAAUGAAUUUCUUUUAUAUAUCUUUGCAAAAAAUAUCUCUACUGGUAUUGACUUGGCUCAAAAAUAUGAGGAACAUGAUAUUUUCAAAUACUGAACAGAGAUUCAUACAGAUUUAUUUUAUUCAGAAACUGACAUUUUUAAAAGCUUUAAAACUAAGAAAUAAUUUACAAAUGACAACAUGAUUUGAGCUUUUUACUCAGGGACAAACUUGUGGACUUAAAGAAGAAAAACAUUCAACAAUUCAAUUUUGUUGCUGUUGCAAUAAAGACAAAUAUUGUUGACAAUGUUGUCCAGUUUGUACUGUUGAUAAUGUGACAAUAUUUUAUUUGAUAAAGUUGUCACUUAUUGACCAAUAUUUAUUUUUGUUCCAGUGGUCUGCCGUCAAGUUUUGCUUUUAUGAAUAAUAUCAAACAUACAAAAAUGAUUUACAUAGCCGUUUACGGUGAGGCAAAUUUAUAGUCAAAUCAAAAUGCUGAAUGUAAAUGUUACAUGAAUAAAUUUCCUACAAUACAUUUGAAAUCAAAUGUUUUAAUUUAAAAUCAAAUAUAUUUUGUUAAAAUUUCUAUGUCAUCCAGAAGAAUGUUUUAGUUUGUGAACUGAACUCGUUCUUUUAUUCAUAAAAGCAAAACAUUUCUGUGUAUUGUAAUAUUUGAGUUUUAUUGUGCCUGUCUCAAGUUUUAUUAAAGCCUUUCUAUUUUGAGGGAUUUUAUCUUUUUGACAUUUUAUAUUUACAUUUUUACUAAUGAUUUUAAUCUACAAGAACUUGUGAUAUCUGAUAUAUAUGUACAAUCACUUUGUUGCUUAAUGGUGUAGUAUUGUUAAUAUUAUGUAUUAUAUUGUUAUUUAUUGCCUGUCAAUCAUCUGCUUGUUUGUGUAUAUACUUGGAAACUACUAGCUUAUAAUUAUCACUGUAUAUAUGAAUAAUGGGAUGCCCUGAAAAUAACAGAAUUUUACGGACGAAAGAAUAUGCCUAGAAAAUGGUUUUGUAGUUAAACUGUUUAUAUACUGUAAACCAACUUAUUUAGGUGGAUGCUUUAUUUUUGCUGGGCCCAUUCUUGCUGACUUAGCAGAAAGUCAUUGACAUCAUUUUCUUACAUUUUUUUAAUGUGUUUGUAUCAGCAAUUUAUUUUUACAAUUUUGUGACUUUCUUGAUGUAUUUGCAUGGAAAAGACCUAAAUGUUAGAUAUGUGUCAUGCUUUAUCUUUGCAUUAUUUUCCUAUUCACAAAAAUUCAGUGUUUGCAAAAUUUAGAUGGUUUACAGUAAUAUACUUAUUUGAUACUGUUCAGAAGUGAAUUCCGAUUGGACAGUAGAUCUGUUCCAUCCCCAUAUCAAAUUUGUGCACAAGUUUGAGACUUGGCUUUAUUUCAAGAAGUCAAACAUAGAUUUUUCCACUGCUUAAACUAUUAUAAUCCAUCUUGAACUAGGCUACUGUUUUUUAGUCAGUAGCUGUAUAAAAUCCAUGACACAUAGUGAACACAAAUUUCAUUACUUUAGCAAGAUUGCCAAGAAGGAAAAUAUUUCAGUAGAAUAUCUUAGUGCUUGCUUUGUAUAUUAGCAUCGCUGAUUAAAUACAUGUAAAUUGAAAAUUAAUGAGGAGCAAGAUUUCAAAAAGAAGAAAAUUAGGGCAGCAAGAGUUUUAUUUGUCCAGUUUUUAAAUACUUGUAUAUAACAAUUGUAUAUAAUUCUAAUCUCUGUAAUAUAUUAUUUAUAUUUUAUUUUGUACAUUUUCAGACAGUGAGGAAUAAUUAAAAAAAAAUCAUAUAAUAUUAAUCUAGUCAUAGGUAAUAAUUAAUCUUAUUUCUCUGGAGUCUGGAUAUCAGAAAUCAUGGCUGAAUCUUUAUAUAGAAUAGGAAGGUAAUGGCCUACCAAAUCAAAUUAUUGUUUUUUUAAAAGAUACUUUCCUAUAAAACAAACGAUUAAAAACAUG